AUGUCAGCUCCUGCUAGCACGGAAACUGGUAAUGCAACACUUAUGGAAGAUGUAUCUGGCAAUCCUGCAAACACCAUCUACGUCGGCAACCUUGACCAGAGAGUUACUGAUACCAUGUUACACGAGAUCUUUGCGACUGUAGGUCCCGUCGUUAGCGUGAAAAUUGUAACUGUUAGAAGACACACUGCAUAUGCAGGUGUAAAUUAUGCUUUUGUGGAGUUUGCCGAUCAACGCACUGCUGAACAAGCUAUCCACGACAUGAAUGGUAGAAAAAUAUUCAACUAUGAAAUCAGAGCAAACUGGGCACAGCAAUCCAGCAACGCUGCCAAGGAGGAUACAGCAAACCACUUUCAUGUAUUUGUAGGUGAUAUUGCACCUGAAAUUACAGACGAAGCGCUCGUACAAGCUUUUUCUGUGUUUGGAUCCAUGUCUGAGGCUCAUGUCAUGUGGGAUCCAGUCUCUGGCAAAUCCAGAGGCUUUGGGUUUGUGGCCUUCAGAGACAAGACUGAUGCUGAGCAGGCCAUUGCUACCAUGAAUGGCGAGUGGUUGGGAUCCAGGGCGAUCCGUUGUAACUGGGCUACUCAAAAGGGGCAGACUGCUACACCUGCACCUCAACCAGGCCAACAAUUGCCUUACGAAGUUGUCAUUCAUCAAACACCCGCUUAUGUUACCAGUAUUUAUGUCGGUAACUUGCCUCCCAACGUUAACCAAACCGAGCUGGUUCAACCUUUUCAAAGAUUCGGCUAUGUGCAAGAAGUCAAGCUCCAGGCAGAUCGUGGAUUUGCCUUUGUAAAGAUGGAUACACAUGAAAAUGCAGCCAAUGCUAUUGUUCAUUUGCAAAACAUCAACAUCAAUGGAAACACUGCCAAGUUAUCCUGGGGCAAAGAUCGUCCUCCACCAGGAUGGCAAAACUAUGGCGGAUACCAUCAUCAACAGCAGCAACAGCAGCAGCAACAAAACUGGAAUAACAUGCAAUACGGAGGAGGAAGAGAUGGCAACCACCGCAACAGCAACAAUGCUCAAAACAGCAAUGUAUUUGGCGUUCCGGCUCAUUUAACCAACGGCUAUGCUUUCCACAACAGUGGCAGCAACAUCCCUAGCCUCGAUCCUCAUUCUGGCCAAGCAGUGGCAGCUGCUCAUGCUGCUCAGUGGAACCAACAAGCUGCUGUAGCUGCUGCUCAGCAACAACAGCAAUUAUAUGAACAAUACAAUAAUGGUGGUAAUAACAUUUGA